AACUGGAGCUCUUCUGUCAGCAGGCAGAGAGGCAGGCUCUGAAUUGCUUCCACAAGGCACUAUUUACGCUGAUGGUACUUUUUAAUGGAAGUACCUACAUCUGAUGUCUAAUAGACUGGGAAUAUCUCUUCAGUGAAUUACUUCCGAGUCUAGAUAAUGAGGAUAGUGUUUGGUAAAUUCAUACCAUGCUGCUGUGUUCUAUGCAACCAAUGGGAUCAAAGUUAGGGCUCACUGAAGCUAAUGAAAUAGGAAACAUUCAUAUCCAGUAGGAGGAAUUUCUGGCCUAAGGUAAAAUGUUGAGUAAUGCACUUGCCUAAGAUGACAGACUAAAUCCAAACAGGUACCUUCACAAAAACAGGAGGGCAGAUAAACAUCUCUUAACCAAUACAAUUUUGGAUUUUCAAUAUCAGGUGUGGGAAGCAAGUUCCGAUCACUUCUGCUGAAAUCAUUGUCUCUACUGGAGCAGAAACCCUGAAAGCACAGGAACGCCUCUACAUCGUGUGCACGAUGGCUGAGUAUCUCCACCUCGAUUCCUCCCUACUGACCCUGCUACAAUACACAGAUUUGGCACACAGAGGCUUGCAGAGCCCGACUGUACUGGUUGAAGACACUGGACACAUUGACUUUACAGUGAACCACUAUGUAGGACUCUCUUGGCCUGUAAAGUGUGGAGCAUUUGUCAUGCUCCAUGAAUUCAUCCAAGUCCUGCAACAGAACAUUGACUCACACCACUUGUCAGAGCUGCUAGGAUAUGAAAUUGCAGGCUGGAGAAUACUUAGGAGAGGUGAUUAUGAAAGAAAGUCUCCAGGACAACAACGUAGGCGAUUAAUGAUCACACCAACACCUACAUUAAAACCAAUUACAAUUACCCAAAGACUAGCUAGAGGAGAUGCUUCCAGGCCUUUAUCCUCCACUGUGCCAAGCUGCUUACUCACACAACUUGUGAUAACAUCUACUCAGGGUUUAUCAUCUUUCUGUGAAGAAAGUAUAACAACGGCAAGUUACAAGAUGGAGAAUAAUAUCCAUCUUAUUAUAAGUCAAGAAAGUUUGGUCACCUUAGAAAUGAAUUCAGUGUGGGACAUGCCAGCUAAACCACCAGUAUCUAUUAUGUUUGCAGACUCUAAUUUUCCAGAUCUUUCACCUUCACUGACUACUAAAACAUCACUUUUCUUCACUGAACUGGAAGUGCGGCCCACUAGAGCUUCUGACACGUCCUUGCUGUUAGAGCAGCUGGAGAAUUACAUGCCUGAAACAGACUCAUAUUUCCUUUACAGUAAAACAGAAGUAUCCACAUACCGCUUCCUCCAGGACAUCACUUCAGACAGAGACCAGCUUUCCAGGCCCACGUACACGUGGGUGAUAAACACUCUAUAUGAACAGCUGCAGAGCUCAGCAGACAUACUUCCUUCCAAGAAAGAAUUUCAUGUAUUUUUGCCAGAAGCAGCAUCAGUAUCAGAAAUGACAGAUUACACUGAAGAGGCAAAAAGCCACUUUCCAGAACUUGAAAUGCUUUCUAGUGCAUCCUUCUCUCCAGGACUUCCUUCACUAUUCCCAAAAGCUUCAGCAAGAGCCACGACUUCAUCUGACAUUACAUUUCCCAUUGAUGACACAUUUCCACUGGUGCUAGCAAGCAGUAGUUUGAGCCAAGUGUUUGCUAAAGACUAUGAGCAGUUGUUUAAGCCUUUUAUGACUAUUCCACAGCCCAGUGGGUUUCCAUUUGCUGUAACUCAGAGAGAAGCACAGACCCUUGAAUUUAAACUGAAUUUCAGCCCUCAAGCCUCAGCCUGCUUUUCUAGCAUGUUAUACAGCACAUUCCCUAGUAAAGCAGAAGAAUCUUAUGAACCAAGUCUGAUCACUCUGUCCCAUCCUAAUACCACUCCAGUUCUUACUCUGCCAGUAGACUUUUCUAGCUUUGACACUUCUGAGCUAUCCAGACCACCAAACAGGCUUAAUUCUUACAGUGGUAACAUUCUCAGAACAGAGAUACAGUCUGCAAGUAUUUUAUCCAGCAGCACGAAGGAAUUGAAACCAGACAGAGAUUUGGGAACAUGGAUAUUGUCAAACACCACCAACCCUACCCUGAAGUCACACAAAAUCUCAGACAUCAAGUUGGAUGCUGUAGAAGUACCUCUGGUGACUUUAUUUAAUGCCCCUUCUCAACUGUCCAGCAGCAUAUCAGGGGUGGUUCAAACACUACUGCCAUCGUAUCAGAAUCCAAGCGCCUUGCUGUCUCCCACAUCUGAAAGACUACAACAGUCCAUGGAAAGUACAUGGAUUCUUCCUUCAUUUUCUUUUUCACAAGAACUUCAGAAUAUAACCGCAGGUAAGAAGUUUACUUCCAUGCUCUUACUUCUGAACAUAGCUGUCAUCAACCUUUUUAUCCAUCAUGCAAAGUAUUUCUGGAUUCCUAUACUAGAACCCAUGCAGACCUCAAAAUAUUUUGACCUAAAGAUUCACAUCCUUCUGAAUUAAUCCCUAUUAUUUACAUUAGGUAAUAUAUAAGGAGAACAUAAUAACAAGGCAUUACCCAAUCUUGCAAAUUGAUCCCUGAAGUGGAGAAAACACA